ACUAUGAGCUGAUGGUGAACCCAAAAGUCUUCCCUCAGGUGAAGCUGGGUGACAUUGUGGAGAUAGCGUCACUCAUUGAUGAGUACAGUCCACUCCUUAUGCAGGUCAAGUCUUUAAAAGAAGAUCUACAGAAAGAAACCAUCAGUGUUGACCAGACGGUCGCGCAGGUGUUCAGGCUCCGAGCUUACCAGGAUGUCUAUGUGAACGUAGUUGAUCCCAAGGAAGUUUCCCUCGAUCUGGUGGAGCUAACUUUUAAAGACCAGUACAUUGGGCGCAGUGACAUGUGGAGGCUAAAGAAGAACCUGGUUAAUACAUGCACUUAUAUUACACAGAAGGUAGAGUUUGCUGGAAUAAGAGCACAAGCGAGUGAACUUUGGGUCAAAGGUGAAAAAGUUACCUGUGGUUACAUAAGUGAGGAUACCAGGGUGGUCUUCCGAUCGACCUCAGCCAUGGUCUAUAUUUUCAUCCAAAUGAGCUGUGAGAUGUGGGAUUUUGACAUCUAUGGUGAUCUGUACUUCGAGAAGGCAGUAAAUGGGUUUCUUUCAGAUCUCUUUGCAAAAUGGAAGGAUAAAAACUGCAGCCACGAAGUGACGGUGGUUCUCUUUUCCAGAACAUUUUACGACUCCAAGUCACUGGAUGAGUUUCCUGAGAAUUACAGAUCCUCCCUAAGGUCAGACCUCGAGGGAAGAUUCUAUGAAGACUUUUAUAAAGUUGUCGCCCAAAAUGAAAGACGAGAAGAAUGGACGUCUCUACUAAUAACCAUUAAAAAGCUCUUCAUUCAGUAUCCAGUGUUGGUGCGAUUGCAGGAAGCAGAUGGAUUUCCACAUGGACAGAAUUCUACAGCGGCCCAAGGAAACUAUUUGGAGGCCAUUAACCUGUCCUUCAAUGUGUUUGACAAGCAUUACAUAAACAGAAACUUUGACCGUACGGGACAGAUGUCUGUGGUCAUCACUCCUGGUGUAGGCGUGUUUGAAGUUGACCGAUUGCUGAUGAUUCUCACCAAACAGAGGAUGAUCGAUAACGGUAUUGGCGUUGAUCUAGUGUGUAUGGGUGAGCAGCCCCUGCAUGCUGUCCCGUUGUUUAAGCUUCACAAUCGAAAUAUCCCUGGAGAUUCCCGCCUGGGUGAUGAUUACAACAUUCCUCAUUGGAUAAAUCACAGCUUCUACACGUCCAAGAGUCAGUUGUACUACAAUAGUUUCACUCCUCGUAUUAAACUUGCAGGAAGAAAGGCACCGGGAGAGAAAAGCAGGAACAACAAAGAUAGCACGGUAAGUGCCAAUAGUCCCAAAGAGUCAGAGAACAGCCUCCCUAUCCAGGUGGACUAUGACGCCUACGAUGCUCAGGUGUUUCGGUUGCCUGGACCCUCUCGUGCCCAACGGCCUACCUCUUUCAGAACUAUUCGAGAAAGCCACACGAGGAAGAGUUCCAGCUCCUACGACGCCUCGAGCAGCCCCCCCCACCACAGCAGGACCCUGCCCUUGGAGGAGGUCCGCAGUCAGGCGUCUGACGACAGCUCUCUGGGAAAGAUCUCAAACAUUCUCCUGAUACCGAGGCCUCAUCUUCACCAGUAUGAAGUCAGCAGCUCUCUGGGGUACACGAGUACACGUGAUAUCCUGGAGAGGAUGAUGGAUUCUCGGCAGAGGGACUCCAGUGCCCCCGGGCGCUUCCACGUGGGCAGCGCUGAGUCCAUGCUCCACAUUCGCCCGGGCGGCUACACCCCACAGCGGGCACUCAUCAACCCAUUUGCCCCCUCCCGGAUGCCGAUGAAACUGACAUCGAACCGCAGGAGGUGGAUGCACACCUUCCCAGUGGGUCCGUCUGGAGAAGCUAUUCAGAUCCAUCACCAGACCAGACAACAUAUGGCGGAGCUACAGGGCAGCAGCACGAGGGAUCCCACACAGUCUUCAGCAGAGCUGCUGGAGCUGGCUUACCAUGAAGCGACUGGCAGGCGGAAUGCAAUGAAGCAAGCAGCGGAGGCUUUAUCUUUCCUGGGGUGUGCAGGGAUGGAUGAGUUUGCCACCAGCCCAGCCAGCAGUCACAGUGCAGGGACUCCUCAAGUGUCAUCUUAUGAGGAUCCUUCGACCAGCCCUGACCCAAUUCUGAUGCUGUCUGCUCCCCCUGUAGUGCCCAGUUUCUGUUGCACAGUGGGUGUCGAUUGGAAAUCUCUCACCACACCUGCCUGUUUGCCACUCACCACGGACUACUUCCCAGACCGGCAGAGUUUGCAGAAUGACUACACAGAGGGCUGUUACGAUCUCCUCCCAGAGACUGAUAUCGACAGGAGAGAUGAAGAUGGGCCACUGAUGACAGCUCAGCAAGUGUUCGAGGAGUUCAUUUGUCAGCGCCUCAUGCAGGGCUAUCAGAUUAUUGUUCAGCCCAAGAAUAAACUGUCGACUGCAGUUGCCUCGGCUCCCCUGAGCAGCAGCCCCCUCUACACACGUGGUCUGGUGUCCAGGAACAAGCUGGAGGAGGAGAUCCAAUACUGGUUGAGUAUGGGGCGCACUUUCCAUAAGGUCUGCCUGAAGGACAAGAUAAUAACAGUCACCCGUUACCUGCCUAAGUACCCCUACGAAUCUGCUCUGAUCCAGUACAGCUACAGCCUCUGCCCACCGCACAUCAGCACGGAGUUUGUGUCGUGCUGGGUGGAGUUCUCCCACGAGCGUCUGGAGGAGUACAAGUGGAAUUACCUGGAUCAGUACAUCUGCUCGGCAGGCUCCGAGGACUUCAGUUUGAUAGAAUCUCUGAAGUUCUGGAGGACCAGGUUCCUGCUCCUGCCGGCCUGCGUAACGGCUACAAAACGAAUCAUGGAGGGGGAGACGCACUGCGACAUCUACGGGGAGAAGCUGCGCUCGGACGAGGAGGAGUGGCAGCUGCUGGACGGCUUUGUGCGCUUUGUCGAGGGUUUGAAUCGGAUCCGGAGACGGCAUCGCUCGGAUAGGAUAAUCCGGAAAGGGGCCCCUAUCAAAGGUCUGCAGGCGACCGGGCCUCUCUCAGGCUAUCCCCCGGAACCGGGACCACCGCUCGGAAAGAAGGGAACCUCAGCUCUGUCGGCAUUGCUGGAGAUGGAAGCCAAUCAGAAGAGCUUUGAGGAGCAGCAGGCAGCUGUGCUUUCUGGGAAGAGUGCUGGCCCCCUGUCUGACGGCAUGUCUGGGGGCAAUGUUACCAUCACACCUACCUACGUGGACAGCCCGAGGAAGGUUCAGGGAGACUCAUCAAGUGCUGAUCAUUCAGAGAGCGGCUCAGCCACAGCCAGCUCAGCUUCAACAGGGGAUCGAACCAGCGCCACAGGAGGGGCUCAAGCUUCUGCUGCUGUCCCUGGGCAGGGUACAGGAGACCAGGGUUCUGCAUCGGGCACAUCGGAGGGCAGCAGUCACCUGGCGUCCGGGAUCGCCAACUCCCUGACCUCCUCGUCAUCACUGGCAGAAAUAGUGGAAACGAUGAAGCAUCCCACGACUGGGAUUCAGUUGCUGCCGGAGCAAAGGGGCCUCCAUCCCAACUGCUUCAUCAGCGCAGAGGUGGUUCACUGGCUGAUUAACAAUGUUGAAGGUGUGCAGACUCAGCCGAUGGCCAUCGACAUCAUGCAGAAAAUGCUGGAUGAGCAGCUGAUCGUCCACGCGUUUGGGGAAUCGAUGCGCACGUUUGUGUACGGCUUCUACUUGUACAGGAUUGUCACCGAUCGAGAUGGAGAGAAAGGAAAUGUGCAGUCGUCAACCAUAUGGUACACGUCCACAAUGGACGACUUGGCGGCGUUCCAGCGUAAAUGGUUUGAAGUGGCCUUCGUCACUGAAGAGCGGCUACACAGCGACAUUCCUGCCUUCCUCUUACCUUGGCUGCCCAGUAGGCCAGCCUCCUAUGCAAGUAGGCACAGUUCCUUUAGCCGCAGUUUUGGAGGACGAAGCCAAGCCGCUGCUUUACUAGCGGCAACGGUCCCCGAGCAGAAAACGGUGACUCUGGAUGUGGAUGUAAAUAAUCGCUCUGACCGGCUGGAAUGGUGCAGUUGCUAUUAUCACGGGAACUACUCAUUAAACUCUGCAUUUGAAAUCAAACUGCACUGGAUGGCGGUCACUUCAGCCGUCCUCUUUGAGAUGGUGCAGGGCUGGCACAGGAAAGCCACUUCUUGUGGGUUUCUCCUGAUACCUGUCCUUGAAGGUCCAUUUGCACUCCCAAGUUACCUGUACGGAGACCCUCUACGAGCUCAGCUUUUCAUCCCACUGAAUAUUAGCUGCUUAGUGAAGGAAGGCAGUGAACAUCUCUUUGAUGGGUUUGAGCCGGAGACGUACUGGGAUCGGAUGCAGCUUUUACAGGAAGCCAUAAUUGCCAGGUGCAGUACUCCCAAGAUGGUUGGAGGGCACGGAAAGAGGUUUGGGUUUAUCCAAGACAAAUACUCCGCCUCAGCCUUUAAUUUCCCAGCGGAGAAUAAGCCGCAAUAUAUCCAUGUCACAGGCACUGUGUUCCUUCAGUUGCCGUAUUCCAAACGCAAACUGACGUCUGGGCAGCAGCGACGACGCAGGAACUCCACCAGCUCCAGCAACCAGAGCAUGUUCGGGGAGGAGAAGAUUGGCCUCAACUGGGCCUACAACACCAUGCUGACCAAAACCUGGCGAUCGAGCGCUACCGGGGACGAAAAACUCACCGAUCGUCUACUUAAAGACUUGACGGACUUUUGCGCCAACAGAGACAAUCGUCUGGUGACUUUCUGGGAGAGCUGCCUGGAGAGGAUGCAUUCCAGCGCCCCCUGAUACAACGGACAUAACAGUGGAAAGGAAAGGAAAGGAAAGGGCGGUCAUGCCAGCAAAGCUCGUCGUCUCACUGCGAAAUGCCAUGCAUCUAACCUUAGCCAUCCACGGUCUGCCCGCUGCCCACUAUGGCCAUGGUCUUAGAUGGCAAUCCUGCGCGGCAACAGUCUGUGUGAAACAGCUUACGUAUUAACUCACUGACAACUGAUAUCCUGCCCUGUCGUGCUUUACCAAAUAAUUAGUUAUGCUAACAAUUCAAUUAUUUAUAUUUUCUCAAUUUCAGUAAAUUGGUGUGGAAUUGUACAGAUCAGCAGAGUAACCACUUGCUGGUGUUCUGCUUGUUAAACAUCUUAAACAUUGCAGCCUUACAAAGCCUCUGUUUACCUCCUUUUGUGUUGAAAUUUCCCCAAUUCUGUGAAUACAGGGCAAAACAUUGGGCAAGUUUCCUUACUCCACGCGCCUCUGUUUACGA